UGUAAUUUGUGUUGUCCAUAGAUAUCAUUAUUAUUUUGUGCACAAACAAGAAUCACAUGUAUUAUUCUCUUUCUUGGAACAAUAAUGGCUUGUCGAUUAUUUUUUUCAAAAAAUGCUUCCAAUCUAAUGCAUAUAUCAAGACCAACAGUCAUAUAUUUGCAACAGAUUCGUGGUCGAAAGAUGUGGCGAACAGUAUCGGAUUUUUCUCAUAUUCCAAUGCCUCCGAUUGAAGAACGUACACUAAUACAGAUGAGUCCAGUACCAAACUGGCAUGGUAUCGAACCACGAAAAUCUUCACGUCGUUAUGCUGAUAUUCGUGGUCCUGAAUUAAUCAAUAAUGAUCUUAUUUAUGGCCAAUUUGGUAUUAUGGCUGUUUCCGGUGUUCAUCUGACCAUCAAUCAUAUUAAUCUUAUUCGUGAUGUUAUUAACAAACAUUUGGAUGUUAAGAAAAUGUUUGCCGUAUGGCGUAUAGAAUCGCCUUGGAAACCAAUAUCAAAAAAGGCUCAAGGAAAACGAAUGGGUGGUGGUAAAUCACCUAUUCAUCAUUAUGUGACUCCUGUUAGAGCCGGAUCAGUUAUUGUCGAAGUUGGUGGUCACAUUGAAUUGGAUGAUUGUGCCUAUUUUCUUGAGUCGAUUGUCUCUCGAUUACCAUGCGAUGCUUUUGUUAUAUCAAAAGAAAUUUUGGAAAAAUGGAAACAAGAAGAGGAUGAAAUUGAAAGAAAAAACAUAAAUCCAAUUAAUUAUGAACGAGUAGUUAAAUUAAAUAUGAAUGGUUGCCAUGGAUGGAUCAGCCCAUACGAUCAUAGAUGGUUCAAUAAGUAUACCUAAUCAUUAUAUAAAUUUUUGUACAAAUAUUAUGAUCAUCAUUAUUAUUAGUUUAAUUGUGUUAUCAAUUUAUGAUUAAAAAUACAAUUUUGAAAAUUUGA